GACAGCGGGAUUGAGAGAGAGAGAGAGAGAGAGAGACACACCGGGAGUAAGAGAGAGAGACACCGGGAGAGAGAGAGGGAGAGAGAGAGAGCCACCAGGAGCAGAGAGAGACACCGGGAGCAGAGAGAGAACCAGCCGCCGCCACCGCUUAAUUAUUUGGAUGAUCCCAAACCAAGUUCAAAGGUCAAUCCCAAACCGGCAAUGACUGAAAUCGCAAUUGAUCAGUCCAAUCUACCUCGGGUGCAGGAAGUGCGCCGUGGGUUUGCUGUCUUGGAAGAUGGGGCGUUGGCACACAACCUUCAGGAACAAGAGAUCGAACAGCAUUAUGCCUCAAACAUCGAGAAGAACAAGCUGGUCCGUCAGGAUGUGUGUGUGGCCAAGAAGCUGCAGGAUGAGGAGGAACUGGAGGCCAAACACUACAGCCGGGAACACCAGCAACAGAUUGAGGAGCUUGAUUCUCAAUAUGCCAAAGUUGUCCAAGAGGAGAUUGAGAAGCGUGCGGCAGAGAGUCUGCAACGAGAGGAGCAGGAUAAGGAAGUUGCCCGGAGGUUACAGGAGGAGGAAGAGCUGAGGAACCAGAGGAGAGUGGUGCUUGAGGCUGAACUGUAUGGAGCGGGUGAAGAGAUGCACAGGCACAGAGAGGAGAGGGUGUGGAGCAAGCACGAGCGAAACCCUCUGGACAGGGAAGUUGCACAGUUGAAUAUCAGAGAUUCUUACGAGAAUGACCAGGAGCAACUACAGCGAGAUGAAGCAUUGGCCCGCCUCUUGCAGGAGGAGGAGGAAGUGAGGAUGGUGCAGCUGAAAUCAAAGAGCCAAAGGAACCAGGAGGAGGAUUUCCGUACAGCCCAGGUGGCACAGGAUGAGGAAAUAGCGAAAUACAUUCAGAGGCAAGAACUGAAAGCCCACAAACAGUCCAAGGGGCUGGACCAGAAGCUGGCCAGGAGAGAGUAUUCUGAAGAGAGCAAUGAUUCCUCGGAGAGGAACAAGAGACGGAGUCGAGCAGACUCCGCUCGACAAGAGCGACUGAACUCGGAAGGGUUUCCAUCUCUGAGUGGUGAGCAGACCCCAGAGAGAGGAGAAUCUCCCACAGAACAGCUGCAAAGAACCAGGUGUUCAUUCCCCAGAAACAUUGCAGAGGAGCUGGAUCCAACCUUCAAAACCAAAAACACUGAGCACUCCUCUGACCUAUUUCCUGCUGUUCCACCAGCUUUGCCUCACCCCCGUGCUGUGCCACCAGACGGUUUCUAUGACUACCUGGACGAUUGCCCCGAGCCAACGUUUGUCCCGCCGACCAGGCGACAGGAAGAGAAGCUGGUGAGGCAGAAAUCGAAGGAGAAGAAGGAAGGAUGCAAGCAGCAAUGAGGGUGCCUGGGCUGUGGAACGGAUUGAAUGUGUUGGCCAGCCUAUGAAACCUCUGUUUUUAUAUAUACACACCCACACACGCACGCGCUCACGUAUUCUUCGUCAUGUAAGCUUCAGGUUUCCAGAGUAGACUUUGCUUGAAGCCCUCGUGAAAUAUUCGACCUGUGUUGUGCACCGUCGAACCAGGUGCCCCUUCACCCAUAGGCCCCAGCUGUGUUAUGAGACUGGUCUGGAACACAAGGCAGCUGGGUUAUGCUUCCAGUUCUGAAUUUGGUCAAUGCAAUCCUUCCUGCAGUUUGUUGCGGCUUCACGUCAGCAGUGGAAGAGGUGGAGGGAGGGAGCGCUCUCUGUGCAGUAACCAGCUUCGGGCCUCCAGCGAACCACCACCUGGCUUGGAGCAACUGGAAAAUGAUCACUUCAUUGCCGAAACUGGGUGGGUUGGAAUUUAAGGACAUUCUCCUCGCUCCCCCUUUUUUUUCCUGGACUCCCCAGGACUCAGGCAAAGAGACUGCUCUAUCAGGCUCCACACAGCUGGCCAGGUGUGCAAACUGCCUGUCACAGCUCUUUCCCGUGCGGUAGUGUUACUGUAAAAUCCUGUGUUACUGGAUGCGAGAGAUGUCAGUGCUAGGGAAUGUCACCUCCAGCAUCGAACCUUCCUGGGUGGGGAGGUUGUAACCGGACAGUCUUAGCUCCCGAGCCUCUUAAACUUGCCACCAGGAGCCUCCCAAGAGCAACACUAGAUUCCGAUCUUCCCAUUGGCCAAUGGGGAAAUGUACCACAUGGCCCAAGCUAGCCCAUCACUGUUAAACAUCAUGUUGCAAAGGAGAGCUGCAGGGAUUGAAAGUCUCCACCUCUCCAGUCAGGAUCUGUGUUCAGUGUUAAACACCCCAUCACAACCUCCGCCCACUGAGGGCUUUGGUGAUUUUACCCAUUCCGGAUAAUCACAGUUUUGAUCCUUAGUCUAUGCUAAAAGAGCUGAUUUCAGUUGGGUAAGCUGGAACUGCACUCACUAACCUGGGGACACUGACAAAAUCAGCCAGAGGUCCUGCUGCAUGUCACUAUACAAAGAUGCCAGCUUGAGGUGAAAAUAUGGAGCUAAGCCCCGAACGUUUCUGCAGCUUAGGUUUUAAAUAUUUUGUAUUCAAUAGAUAAAAUUGCAAGAAUUUCUAUCUUGAUCAUUACUUGAGACAGUUUGAUGGGGACAGUGUAGAGGGAGCUUUACUCUGUAUCUAACCCUGUGCUGUACCUGUCCUGGGAGUAUUUUUGGGGACAACGUAGAGAGAGCUUUACUCUCUAUCUAACCCCGUGUUGUAC